AUGGCAGAUGCGAAGAAAUGGUCUGUAACCUACACAAAGCACAUCAAGCAGAAGCGUAAAGUCUAUCAGGACGGUUUCCUAGAGCUUCACUCGUCAAGCCACAAGGUCUUGCUAUAUGAUGAUUGUGAAAAACUAUUAGAAAGCAGGUUUGUGAAGAAAGAGGAUGUUAUCAGAUCCGGUGAAACACUGGAAUUCGAUGCUUAUCAAGUCGACAUUGGGGAUUCUCAUGGAGAUCACAAAUCUAUACCUAAUUUGAAUUUCCAAGGAAGAGAUAAAAAGGUUAUGGAGAAAUCUGGAAAUUUACAUGGCCAAAAGUUCAGGAAUAACCCAAUUUCUGUUGAAAAUAAGAAUGCUAAUUCAGGGAAGAAUAAAGCACCAUCAAGUAAUCUGAGUCCAUCACAAAAAAUCAUCAGAGGUUACUUUGAUCACAUUCAACAUCUCUUCAUCUUCAUUUGCAAAGUGAAACAAGUCUUGUACACAAAACAAAUAACUCAGAAGGCCAAGAAGUUUCACGAUGGUUUCCUAAGGCUUGCAAAUUGUGGAUCGUCAGGGAGGCAGGGGAUUAUCAGGAAUGACAUGUUUGCAUGGCUUGUUGAUAGCCACGUCGUUGGGCCCUUCAGUACUACCGGUGGCAUUAUGAUCAUGCUGUACGAUGCAACCAGGACACUCUUAGAUAGCAGGUUUCUUAAAAAGGAUGAAAUAAUCAGGUCUGGUGAAUCAUUAGCAUUUGAUGCUCACUUGGUGGACAUUGGAGAGACUGAAGAGAUCCAUAAAGCUCCAAUGGGCUUGAAAGCUCCUGAAAGAAACUGCAGGGUAGUUGGAAAUAGAGGAACACUGCAUGAACAAGAAGACGAGGCCCACAAUGGCUCUCCUGUUGUUGGUACGUUUGUCUCUACAUAUCUAGCUAUUGUUACUCUAUUGACUGAAGAUGGGAACAUUUUGAGCCGCAAAUUCCUCAAGUUAUUAGAAGAUGUGACUACUGGAAGUGCAUUAAAACUGCCAAAUUAUUUGGUGGAGGUUCCUGAACUUCCCUUCUGUGAAUGUUUUAACUCGGAUGUUUUAGGAGAGUCUCUGAAGAAUGCUUCCCCUUUAAAACAUGUGGAUUCAAACUUUAGAAGCUACGGGACUGACAAAAUCAAAUUUAGUAGAAGAGUACCUGCAAAGCAGCCUUUUCGAGAUGUGCAUGAAAUUUUGUCCAUUCUCAAGAAACCCAUUAUUCAGGAGCGUUUUGGCAACAUGGAGAGGGCAUCUCUAGAGAAGCGCCAUGCUUCACAAUCUUCAGGUUUUUUUCAUUCUGAAAUUCAGAAUCAGGUAGAGGAACAAACUGUGCAGGACUUCUAUCAUAAGAGAAGUGCCACAGAGGACUGUGAUAAAGAAUUUACUGCUACGCACAACUACAGUGGUGAGAUUUCAAAAUCCAAAGCUGUUGACAAUGAUCCUUCGAUUGAGAUCAGCGAGUCAGCAGAUUCUAACAACAGAGGAGACUCACAACCAAAAAUUUUUUACUUCAUCCAGCUUCACUCUGGGGAUCCAUUGGUCAGAACUCAUGAGACAAUAAACCAAGCUCUUCUAUUUAUUGAAUCUCUUCUGGUGACUUCUACAUCAGGAGAAUCAGAGAUCUCAGGACUCAUGGUUAAUGAUGUAGUGUGCACAGAGUCUGAUAGAAGUAGGACAAGGCCAAAUGCUCCUGUUGUGGAGGCUCAAGUUUGGGAUGCUCUUAAAUUGGAUUCUGAGGGCCCACCGCCAACUGCAUCAGUGCUGCCAGAUAUGUCAAAUGGAAUUGCAGAAAAAAGGGAUUACCCUGAUUUAAUGCCUUCCAAAGGGAAAUCUGGCUUUAGUACCAGUCAUUUAUCCAACAAAGUGAAACCCGGAAACUUCCCCCAGCCUUGUGCAGUUAACAUGGGAAAUUAG